AUGGAUUCAUAUCAAGCAAGCAAUGACAAAGAAAGUGAGCCGAAGGGUAGCAGCAAGAUUGACGAUCUGAUAGAGAAUGAAGCGGAGAUCAUACGGUUUAUCAAAGAGGACGGCAAGUUACUGCUAGAUAACGGUGAUGGUAGAGACAUCCAUAACAUAAUUCAGGAAGACAAACUACUCAGUGUAGAAUAUAAUGAGGUAUUGAAACGGUUUCGCGGCCAAGAAUCGUCACUGACCACAACAGGCGUGGUGGACGAAGAUGAAGAUGAUAAAUAUGACUCUAAAGAACACCAAGAAAAGACUUUACAGGCCAUGAACACGUUGAGACAGAUCAUCAAUAAAGAAGUGAUUCCGCCCGAAAACUUCAGCCAUGUCGUGGGGGAGAUAUAUCGCAGCAGUUUCCCCCGACUAGAAAACUUUUCGUUUCUGCAUGAAAGACUAAAGUUGACAUCCAUCUUGGUGCUCAUCCCAGAGGAGUAUCCACAGGAGAAUUUAAAUUUUUUGAAGUUGACGGGCAUAAAACUAUUCCAAGUGGGAAUGAGUGGUAAUAAGGAGCCGUUUGUCAACAUACCGUCCGACUUGUUAACCAAGGCGCUAGAAAUCGUGCUUGAUCCGGCAAACCAACCAAUACUGAUACACUGUAAUAGAGGCAAACAUAGAACGGGGUGUUUGAUCGGAUGCAUAAGGAAACUGCAAAACUGGUCGUUGACGAUGAUAUUCGAUGAGUAUAGGCGUUUUGCGUUCCCGAAGGCCAGAGCGCUUGACCAGCAGUUCAUUGAGAUGUACGAUGAUGACGAAAUAAAAAGAAUUGCCAGGGGAAACAGUUGGUUACCUCUAAAAUGGUAA